AUGCUGCUUAUAAUCCCAAUCCUUAUUGCAGCCAUGCUGCAGAUUCCUUUAGGAAAAUCAGAAAUUAGCAACUAUUCGCAUGUUGUGCCUGCGAUUUACGUGCUUGGCGACUCGUUGUUCGACAGUGGGAACAAUAAUCUCUUGCCGACUCUAGCAAAGGCCGAUUAUUGGCCUUACGGCAUGAACUUCAACGGAGGCCGGCCAACGGGAAGAUUUACCAACGGAAGAACGGUCGUCGAUUUCAUAGCUGAGGUUCUUGGGUUGCCAUAUUCUCCACCUUAUUUGAGCAUAAGGAGGGUGUUAAGUCCAGGCCAGCUGACACUAAAUGGCCUGAAUUUCGCAUCGGGAUCAUGUGGCAUUCUUCCCGAGACUGGAAGCGAUUUGGGAAAAUGCCUGAAUUUUGGUGAACAAGUUGGGUUGUUAGAGAGGAUAGUGAAAGAGGAAUUGCCGAAGCAUUUUACGAACUCUACCGAGCUCUCAAACUAUCUUGCGAAGUCGAUAUUUGUGGUCUCGAUAGGCAGCAAUGACUACAUCAACAAUUACCUCGACACGCGAGAAUACGACACGAGCAAACGAUACACUCCCCAAGCCUACGCUCAGCUUCUAGUCGACAAACUUUUCCUACACUUUCAGAAAUUGUACCGUUUGGGAGCUCGAAAGGUGAUAAUGUUUGAAAUCGGGCCGAUCGGGUGCAUUCCCUCCACGACGAGGCGGGUGAAGCACAACGGGACGUGUGUCGAAGAGGUUAACGAGCUCGCGAUAAUGUUUAAUGACGAUCUUGCCCCUAUGCUCCGGAACCUGACGUCGACUCUCCAAGGCUCGACUUUCGUUCUCGGUCAUGCUCACUGGCUCGGCUACGAUGCCGUCAUCAAUCCAUCUAAUUAUGGGCUAAAUGAUUCGAGCACGCCGUGUUGUGUGACGUGGCUAAACGGGACGUCAGGCUGUAUACCGGAGCUCGGGGCAUUGGCUUGCCGGGACCCGGAAAGGCACUAUUUUUGGGAUGGAUAUCAUCUUACUGAGACCAUGUACAGGACAAUAGCCACAUAUUGUUUCAAUGGCUCCUCUGUUUGCAUUCCCAAAAACAUACAACAGCUUAUUUCAGAAGCUUGA